AUGUUCCUCGCCGAAUUCGAAGGUGCUUCCGACGUUUCAACCGCUGGCCUAGACCAAUUCCAUGCCUGGCAGCGCGAAGACCACUGCGCUACCCUCGAUACCACCCGCGCAGGCCAGGCAGGCAUCUCCUUUGGAGAUGGACCCCGGAUUGUGUCUGUCGGUGCGACCGCGAUUCGCACGGCAUUCGGGCCCGUUGAUUUCCACGUUCUUCCCACUAAGACCCCGUUCCUCCUCUCCCUAGCCGAUAUGGACCGGCUAGGCUUGUUUUUCAACAAUCAGACCAACGAAGUCGUCCGCGAUGACAUUCGCGUUCCCGCAGUACGUAAAUGGGGCCACGCAUGGUUCCAUCUAGCUAGACUCCACCGACUGCUUAGAUGUGCCGGGCAUGAUGAUAUUGAUGAGCAGUUUACCCUUAGAGACGACCGCGAGUUCAAUUUCGAGAUAACCGCGGAUGUAGUCCAAAUAGGCGGAAAGCCUGUGCUACACACACCUACCAAGGCCCCGGACUUUAUGCGCCACGAUGCCGGCACUAACUUUGCAGCAGAGGAGUUCCAAAAGAGAAAGGCACACGGCCCCCUCCGCCGCGCCUACGAUAUCCUCCAAGCAGAGUUGGGUGAGUCGAGAAGCCCAGAUGCCCUCCUCCAAAUGGCUGUAAAGGCAGUCAAUGACACAGCCGGCCCGGAUGGCCUUGUCCCUACCCUCCUCGUCUUCGGCGCAUACCCACGAAUCAACCACGAUUCACCGCCCUCUCCCCCUAUGAUCAAGCGCGCAGAGGCUAUUCGGAAAGCCAUGGCAGCCCUGCACCGUGCUGCCGCUGCCCGUCAGAGCGAGGUCCUCGUGUGGAGAGAGGCUGACGGCUGGACCGGCCCGUGGAUCGUUAUCGGCAAUAACGGCCACGAAAUAACAAUCAAUCAUGUCAAUGGCCCUCAUCACAACCCCACGACGACUCGCAGCCGUCCCCGACGAGUCGACCCCAAUGCACCCCUAACCCCGAUCAAGAUGAUGCCCUGCCCUGUGCUCCUACCUGAACAACGCCGACGAGGACGCCCCAAAGGCUCCAAGAACAAGCCCAAGACCGGCGUAGCCAACCUGUCAAAGAAGGAAGUUAAUCACUAUGAUCACGCUUCCGAUACCCAAGAGAUUAACAACCUAAUCGCACAGGGUGUGUUUGAGUUCAUUCGUUUCGACCCCGUGGCCCACAAGGCCAAAGACUCUUUAAAGCACGCAUGCGGAAUUAGUGCCCGCUAUCCCCAGACACCAUCAUCCAUGUCAUCCUUCCUGUAUGGCAUAGCAGAGUCAGGUCUCCAUUGGUUCGUGACAUAUUAUAGGCAUCAUCCCGCCGGCUUCGGCAUGGUCGCUAUGCAGACGGAUGACACCCUCCUCCUCGCCUCCCCUGAGUUCGCGGCCGCAGAAGAAAGAGAGAUCCAGAAGGCUAAGCUCCGCUCGAAACCAAGGAGCCAGCUAUCGGCCGCGACUCCCCUCGAGUUUAAUGGUUGCACACUUCUAGCCGAAAAAGACGACCUUAUCAUCCAGCAGAAGGGCCAAGGCCAGAAGUUAGCCACCAUCUUUCUCUCCUCCACGGAUCGCGCGCAGCAAUACGCCCAACAGCGCGCGCGCGGAGCAUAUAUCGCAUCAAUCUGCCAGCCCGAGGCCACGUUCGACUACUCAGUCGCAGCACAAGUGCAGCAGCCGGAAGCCCCGGACUACAAGACCCUGAACAAGCGGAUACAAUGGCAGACCGACAACCUGCAACGAGGACUCCGCUAUGUUCCCUUGGCCUUUUCGACUGCGAAGCUAAUGGUAUUCACGGACGGUUCGUUCGCGAACAACAAAGACCUAAGCUCACAACUGGGCUUUGUUAUUGUGCUCGCCAACGAGGAACAGAGCCCUGCUGAUUUCACGAUCAGAGGCAAUGUCCUGCACUGGUCAUCUACGAAGAGCAAGCGAGUGACCCGGAGCGUGCUAGCCUCGGAGAUCUACGGCAUGGUCAACGGAUUCGAUAUGGCCAUUGUCAUCGCGACCACCCUGCAGGCUAUUGUCAAGCAGCUGGACCUACCCCCGACUCCCCUCAUUGUCUGCACCGACUCAUACUCGCUAUACGAAUGCCUCGUAAAGCUCGGGACCACGAAAGAGAAGCGACUCAUGAUUGAUAUCAUGGCGCUAAGGCAGUCCUACGAGCAGCGCGAGAUGGCAGAGAUCCCACCCAACCGUGCUUUGGAACGGUUGAUUGAGACGAACAGGCUGACGAUUCGAGUGGAAGGAUAUGUACAACGACCCGUGACCGCAGACACCACCUAA